AUGUUUUCCACAACCCAUAUGGCUACACGCCAAGUCCUAUCUUUGGGUUGCGGUGGUGCCACCAUAGUGACAGGUGCUGUUGAUACCGUUGUAAAUGAUCCCUUAGCACAGAAAGUUGCUGCAAAAACACUUGCACAAUUCCUUCCGCCCCACAUAAGAGAUUCUAUCCUCGAAAUCGCAAAGAUGGUAUACCAGGAGUUCUCUGGGGAGCUCAUGUUCGCCGAUAUCAAUAUUGCUCUGUCAGUGAUUUCCAUCAUGCGAGAGAUGAGCAAAAAGCCGGUAUACAAUACACGGAAUAUCUCUCGUGUUGAGGACAGUCCUAUUUCGAAGCGUUUCGAGCAUUACAUGAAGUAUGCCCACGCUGCCUACGGGACAAACACCCCCUUAAUCAAGACGGACGAAGAAUUCAUAGCAGACAAUGGGUAUUCCGCGGGAUAA